GAGCAGCAGCAACAGCAGGAGCCACAACAGGAGCAGCAGCAGCAACAACAGGAGGAGCAGCAGCAACAACAGGAGCCGCAACAGGAGCCACAACAGGAACAGCAACAGGAACCGGAACAGGAGCAGCAGCAACAACAGGAGCCGCAACAGGAGCCGCAACAGGAGCAGCAGCAACAACAACAGGAGGAACAACGACAGCAACAGGAGCAACAACAGGAGGAGCAGCAAAAACAGGAGUAG